AUGAGAUUUGAAGAUUAUUUUUCAUUUCAAAUUUUUUUCAUCUUUUUAAGGGAGUCCCUGGAAAUUGUGAUUAUUGUUUCUAUUCUGUUAACAAUAGUCAGGCAGGCACUUUCAGGCCAUGAUAAGAAUUCAGUUCAGGAUGAAACGGCCAUAGAUAACCACAAUAUUAAUGUAGGCUCUUCUGGUCUGUCGAUGACUCCAGAGACCACUCCGAUGAUUGAUAAUCAUUUAACGGUAGAAGAAGAAGAGGAAGAAUUCGAAACUGCGAACACAGAAGGUCAAGAUAUUCAACCUGGUGAUUCUUCAAAACUUUAUUCGAAAUUGAAGGUUCAAAUCAUUUCUGGGGGUGCGUUAGGUCUAUUGUUAUGUUUACUUAUUGGUGGUUCAUUCAUAACAAUUUUCUAUCAUAUUGGUUCUGAUCUUUGGUCAGUAAGUGAACAUUAUUAUGAAGGGAUUUUGAGUAUUGUUGCCUCUUUGAUUAUAUCAGUUAUGGGUUUAUUCUUUUUAAGGAUGGGUAAACUUAGAGAGAAAUUUAGAAUUAAAUUGGCUUCUAUCAUUUAUUCUGAUCGCGGGAAGAUGCUUAAGAAUAAUACAGAUAAUGCAGUUAAAUUUAGUGAAAAAUAUGCAUUUUUCAUUCUUCCGUUCGUUACAACUUUAAGAGAAGGAUUAGAAGCAGUUGUUUUUAUCGGUGGUGUUGGUAUCGAUCAACCAUUAUCUUCAAUUCCAUUAUCAAUGCUUUUGGCUGUUUGUGUUAGUGGUAUCUUUGGUUAUUAUUUCUUCAAAUAUUCCAGCUCUCUAUCAUUAAAAAUUUGUUUAGUUGUAACGACUUGUUUUCUAUACUUAAUUGCAUCAGGAUUAUUUUCUAAAGGUGUAUGGCAAUUGGAAGUCCAAGAUUAUGUUAACAAAUGUAAUGGUCAAGAUAUGACUGAAGUUGGUAAUGGUCCAGGGUCUUAUGAUAUAGUACGUUCUAUAUGGCAUGUUAAUUGUUGUAAUGGUGAAAAAGAUGGUGGAUGGAUGAUUUUAACCGCUAUUUUUGGAUGGACUAAUAGCGCAACCUAUGGUUCUGUUAUUAGUUACAAUAUAUAUUGGAUUUUAUUAAUCGGUGCAUUAAAAUUAUUAACCAUUGAAGAACAAUAUGGUUAUAUUCCAUUCUUACCAGUAAAAUUUCAAAAGAAGAGAAUAUCAAAGAGAAUGGCUAUAUCAAAGGCAUCUAUCAAUUUGAGAGAAAAUACAACCAUUUAUCAACCACCAAGCUCAGAAUCAACUAGAAAUUCAAAGGAUAGUGAAACACCACUAAUUGAACAUGGGAAUAUCAAUAAUAUUUCUACUCAUGGUGCAACUUAG